GUGUUCAGUCCUUCUGAAUAAAAAGGAAAAUGAAAGCAAAAGUGUCCACUCGGGUAUAAAACCUGUUGCCCUAGGAGCAGAAAGCAGACCCUGCCCUGGUGAACAAUGGCUUCGUUUCGUGGAGAACCCAACCCUGGAGACCUGAUUGAGAUUUCCCGCAUUGGCCCCUCGCACUGGGCCCUCUAUGUGGGCGAUGGUUAUGUGAUCCACCUGGCUGCCCCAGAUGAGUACCCUGGGGCCGGCUCCUCCAGCCUCUUCUCCGUGCUGAGCCCCACAGGGAAGGUGAAAAGGGAGCUCCUGCGUGAUGUGGUGGGGGGCUGCGGCUACCGGGUCAACAACCACUUGGACCACGAGUACUCACCACUGCCCGUGAACAAGAUUAUCAGUUCUGCGGAGGAGAUGGUCGGUAAGGAGAUGGAAUACAGUAUUCUGAACGGGAACUGUGAGCACAUUGUCACCUCUCUGAGAUACGGCAAGGCCCGCAGCCUGCAGGUAGAAACAAUCGAGACCGAUCUAAAUAAGUACCUUGGAAAUGCAGCUUGGACUGAUCUCACCUGUUCUGUCAUAAAGAAGCCAUUGCCCAACACCAGUGACAGCCUGAAGGGUCAGGAAACCUCGCAUUAGAAGCCAUUGUCGAGCUGACCUCGCACAGUCCGUCCACCUGACCCGAGCUCUCGGGCAACCUGUCGUUCUGUCUCUUGCUGUCCCUCUCUCACUGGCUGAAGGAUGGACUGAUUGUGCCAACACUGAGGAAUUCAUACGUGAACCUACAUACCCUCCAGGGAGGAGUUCCGCUCCUUCUGUGGCUCCUAAGCAGAACGGAAGCACCUGGGCACCUGGUGGGGACCCAGCGUUUGCUGUCGUGUGACCUGGGGAAAGCUCUGGACUCUCGAUUUUGUUUUUCUUUUAUAUUUUUUUUCAAAGAGGAAGGGAGAAGGAGAGAGAGAAACAUCAGUGAUGAGAGAGGAUCAUUGAUCGGCUGCCUCCGGCAUGUCCCACACCAGGGAUUGAGCCGCAACCUGGGCAUGUGCCCUGAUGAGGAAUCGAACUGUGACCCAGCGUUCAUAGGUCCACGCUCAACCACUGAGCCACCGGGCUUGUUCUUUUCUAACUCAAAGGUCAAGUCCUCACCCAUCUGUGACGACCACAUGGAAUUAAAUCAUCUUCCUGUGCCCAACUUGCCAUGGCUCAAGCUGCCCCUCAUUGAACACUGAAAUGAGUCACCUCCACUUUGAGGGCAGGGAAACUCCCGUGUGACACUGUAAUGAUGGGUACAUGUCAUCAUAAUGUGUCCAGAUUCAUAGAAUGCACCACACCCAGAGCGAAUCUUGGGCUAAACUAAGGUCUGUGGGUUGUUAUGAUGUGCCGAUGUAGGUUCAUCCGUUAUAACAAAAAUACACGCUCUGGACAGGGAUGCUGAUAAUGGGGGAGGUUCUGCGUGAAUGGGGGGUGGCGCAUAUGGGAAAUCUCUGUACCUUCCUCUCCAUUUCUCUAUAAACCUAAAA